AUAUCAGGAAACCACUUGGGAUUUGAGAUCACUUGACUUGGAUACACGACUGUGCAUAAUAAAUCGAUCAAAUGUAUUUAUAAAGCACCUUUUUAUAUCAGGAGAUAUCACAACGUGCUUAUACAGAAACCCAGCCUACAACCCCAGUUGUGAUUCGGCUAGAAUAAGAUGAAUGACUGGAAAGAAGACUAGUAUUUGUGGCUAUUAGCUCUAUUUGCCUGUCAGAAUUGUGGUGGAGUAUUGCGCUCCAGGGUUUACUGGAACUCUAACGUGCGUCCAGUGGUUGAUUCGCUGGAUGUGUUGUCAUGAAUGAAUAAAAACGUGCAUAUGAGUCCAGGCGCAGUUCAGUCUGUAAUCAUGGAUACCACUAUUGGAGUCUCGUUUUUGGACCCGUUGAAUGAUUACGAGUUAAUUCAUCGUAUUGGGACUGGCACGUAUGGUGAUGUGUUCAAGGCUCGAAACAUCAGGAGUUCAGCAAUGGCAGCCAUCAAAAUAGUCAAACUGGAUCCUGGUGAUAUCACAUCCAUCCAGCAGGAGAUCACUAUGAUGAAGGAAUGUAAGCACAAGAACAUUGUGGCCUAUUUCGGCAGCUAUCACAGGAACACUAAAUUAUGGAUUUGCAUGGAGUACUGUGGAGGGGGGUCGUUACAAGACAUUUACCACGUGACUGGGCCGUUCAAGGAGAAGCAGAUAGCCUACAUCUGCAGAGAAACCCUCCAGGGCUUGUACCACCUGCAUGAGACAAGUAAAAUGCAUAGGGACAUAAAGGGAGCAAAUAUCCUCAUCACAGAACGAGGAGACAUCAAAUUGGCCGAUUUCGGAGUUGCUGCAGAGAUCAGUGCUUCUGUAGCCAAGAGGAAGUCUUUUAUAGGAACUCCAUACUGGAUGGCACCGGAGGUGGCAGCAGUGGAGAAGAAGGGUGGGUAUAACCAUCUGUGUGACAUCUGGGCGGUAGGCAUCACGGCCAUCGAGCUGGCAGAGCUCCAGCCUCCAAUGUUUGACCUCCACCCUAUGAGAGCCUUGAUGUUGAUGUCAAAAAGCAGCUUCCAGCCUCCCAGGCUCAAGGACAAGACCAAGUGGUCUGCAGGGUUCCAGAGCUUUGUGAAGAUGUCCCUCAUCAAGAACCCUAGGAAGAGGCCGUCGGCCGAAACUUUACUGCAGCACCCGUUUGUGACCCAGUUGCUGACCCGUAACCUGAUUAUUGAGCUGCUGGACAUGGCCAAUAACCCUGACCUCCACUCCACACACAGCAUGGACGACAAUGAUCGGGAGAAUGGAGAAGCUGCUCCUGAUAAGAUCCAGUCUGCAGGGAAACUCCUGAGGACCCUGUCUGAAGAGCAGUUUGACCAGGUGAAGAUUGGGCCUCCGUUGAGGAAAGUGACAGAGCCUUAUCCUGAUAUGCAAAGCUCGUCCGGAGACGAUUGGGACGUCUCAGAAGAGGACACUGAGUCACCGAGCCUGUUGGAAUGUGUGGAGGAAGCUCUGCAGCUGAGGAGCUUAACCAUUAAGAGAGUGCCAUCUGCUGGUGUGGGUAAUGGUGGGAGGAAGAGUGGGUUAUUCAGCCCUUCCACAGCCUCCCUGCCUGCCAUCAGCUCAUUCUGUCCCACCCUGGAGGACAAGGACCUCACCCUUGGCCCCAGCUCCAGCCUGGGGCCCGACUCCACCCACACACCCAAAAACUUCACGUCAGUCUUGGCCAGGUGUUCUGCAACUCAGGACAUCAGCAGACAGUGGUGUAGUGACCCCAGUGUUUCUGAGGGGGGCGCCGUACAGGCAGAGAAGAAGAAGACAGAAGGGGUGACCUCAUCAUGCAGAGAAACCUCUCUCUCUCCAGAGUGGAGCACACUGAGGAGGAAGACGAACUCUAGAGCUGAUUGCCAUGGACUCCCUCCUACCCCUCAAGUUCAUAUGGGUGCCUGUUUCUCUAAAGUCUUCAAUGGUUGCCCUCUGACGGUCCACUGUGCUGUGACCUGGAUUCUCCCUAAAACGAGAGAUCAGUAUCUUAUUCUGGGGGCAGAAGAGGGUGUCUACACCCUCAACCUCAACGAGCUCCAUGAGGACACCCUGGAGAAGUUGCUCCCACAAAGAUGUACCUGGCUGUUUGUCAUGAACAAUGUCCUGAUGUCCGUAUCAGGGAAGUCUUCCCAGCUGUACUCCCACAGUCUGACGGCUCUGUUUGAACAGAGGGGCCACAAGCAGCAGAAACACCUGUCCCUCAGUACCAACCGCCUCACUGAGAGGAUCAACCCCAGGCAGAGGGGCAGGAAAUAUGCUGUAACUGUGAAGAUACCAGACACUAAAGGCUGUCGAAGAUGCAGCGUGGCAAGAAACCCACACACAGACAGCACGUUCCUGUGUGGGGCUGUUCCAUCAGGUCUAAUUCUACUCUUGUGGUAUGAGCCUCUGCAGAGGUUCUUGCAGCUCAAGCAUAUAGACAUACGUCUACCGGAUUCGCUCCCUAUCUUUGAGCUACUGGUGUUAGUGAAGGAUGAGUUCCCACAGCUAUGUGUAGGGGUUGGGGACUGUGCUGCAGAAGGAGGGAAACCACCAUCCAACCAGCAGCUGAAGUUCGACAUCAUAGAGUUGAACGGCACACCAAAUUCUUCACCAGAGAGUACGCCGGACCGGACCCGGACCGGAGCCGGACCGGGAGCCAUGCAGGCAACACAGCUGGACAGAGACACGGUUCUCAUUGUACUGGAGAAGAUUGUGAAGAUUGUCAACCUACAAGGUCUUCCCUCCAAGGAGCUGGCUUCUGAACUUGUCUUUGACUUCCCCAUUGAAACACUAAUUUGUUUACAGGACAGUGUUCUGGCUUUCUGGAAGCAUGGUCUUCAAGGGAGGAGUCUUCACACAAAUGAGGUCACGCAGGAAAUCACAGACGAAAGCAGAGUGUUCCAGGUCUUGGGGACGAACAGGGAUAUCGUCCUUCAGAGUACCCCCACAGAGGACCCGUCAGCCAUGACCAACCUCUAUAUCCUGACAGGCCAUGAAAGCAGCUACUGAGAGAAGAGAGAAAAGGACUGAAAGAAAAUAAUAGAAAUUGGGAUUAAAGUAAGAAGAGAAGAAGAGUGUGUCUUGAGAUGGGAAGUGCUUUUCUGGCACCUAAUAAACUCACGAGCGAACAAGACCCCUCACUGUAGACUUGUCUUAAACUGAACUAACCCCCUCUACCUGCAUAUGGGGAACAGACAGACCAUGGGAGACUCUCACACACUAAACCGCAGGGAGAUAACUGAGCUGGUGUGUGUUCAUGGAAGGACUUGUAAAAAAAGACUUGUCAGAGAGAGCCCCCUGUCGUGACCUCUAACCCCUUGAAUGACACAAACUACUUUUAACCUUGCAUAACCCCAUUGUCUAUUUUUACUGGUUUGACUGUUAACUGAAGUCUGAUCUGUCUCCUUAAACAACAUUGUGAACACCACCCUGCUCUGUCCACUAACUGUAGUAUUACUAUGUAACGUCAUGGCAUAGGUGGCGCCACUCCAAGAUGUCAACAUAAAUAGUUUAGAAAAUAUGUGCCAUAGAAUCAGAGGGCCACUACAUUGUAAAAGUGCUUUGAAAUACUUUACUGAGAUCAAUUUAAAGGCCUGUUUCCCAGACCCAGAUGAAGACUAUUCCUGCACUAAAAAGGGCUUGCAACAUGUGUUUGUUUGCCACAAAAUGCUCAAAGACUGGUAGUGAUACUAUGUUGUGUUUAAUGAUUUUGGUUUGGUUUGGUUGUGCAGUAUGAGGCCCAAUGUAACACUCAUCAUCCACGAAAUACACUUGAAGGAGCAUGCAUGUUGCUUUUUGAAUUUUAUUUUAGCAAAAUCAUAUGACAUAUGAUGUGUGCAUAUGGAUUUUAGAGAUUUUAUGUAUAUUUAGUUUUAACUUUCGCCAAACAAGAGAGAG